AUGAUAGAUCCUCCUUAUUACGAUGUGGCUAUCCAGAAGCUAGAUGAGCAUUUCGAGCCAAUGAGGAGGCGUAAUUAUGAGCGCCAUUUGUUUCGACAGAUUAUACAGAAACAGGAAGAGAGAUUUGCGGAUUAUGUAUUGAGAUUACUUAUUCAGGCGAAACGGUGUGAAUUUGAUCGUUACGAUACGAGAGAAGUUGAAGAUCGUAUUAUCGAACAGGUAGUGGAAACAUGUCAAUCAAAUGAACUCCGGCGACAAAUACUAGCAAAAGAUCUGGCGCUUGAAGAAAUUGUUGCGUUAGGAACCACGUUAGCUGACGUACAGCAGCAAAUGAAGGAACUAGAUCGUACACACCAUGAGAUCAAACCAUCAGAGAUUGUAAAUAAGAUUUCGAAACAACAAUUUGCUGGAAGACGAAGGCCAUAUUCGAUGUCAACCAAUACAUACAAUAGGGCUUGUUUCGCUUGUGAUCGGAAAGGACAUUUGAAAGGUGACAGCAUAUGUCGAGCCCGUAAUGCGAAGUGCCUCAAAUGUGGUGAAACAGGUCAUUUUAUCAAUCGUUGCCUGAAGCGUACACAUCGAUUUGAAUCAGAAGCUGCUAAGCCGAAAUGCAUUAGACAGAUCGCAGAGACGGUAGAAAACCGUGGGGAAUUACAAACAGAUGAAAAGAUUUUCUAUGCGAUGGGAAAGAAUGUUUUCAAUUUCGUUGUGGGUGGAAUAAAGAUACCGAUGGUUAUCGACUCAGGAGCAGAUGCUAAUGUCAUCGAGGAAUCUACGUGGAACCGAGCUCGUGUAGCUGGUAUAAAAUUUACGGAGAUGUCACAAGAAAUCGAUCGCAAAUUAGUCGCUUAUGCCUCGGAACAUCCUAUGAAAAUCAAGUUUAUGUUUUGUGCAAAUGUAGAAGCUGGAUCAAAUUCCGUUAACGCGAAAUUCUAUGUAGUUGAAAGAGGACAGCAGAAUUUGCUCGGUGAUUCUACAGCUAAAGCCCUAAAAGUUCUGAAGGUUGGUUUCGAUGUAGGAGCGGUAAAUGCUUCUGACUGGAAGAUUUUCCCAAAAAUAAAAGGUAUUGUUUUAGAGAUACCUAUUGACAGAUCAGUACAACCGAUUCAACAAGCAUACAGGAGAGCUCCGAUUGCCCUUGAAGAACGUAUUCACAAUAAGCUGAAGUACUUGCUCGAGAUGGACAUAAUUGAAAAAGUGAAUGGUCCGUCUCCUUGGGUGUCUCCGGUCGUUCCUGUUUUGAAGCAAUCUGGAGAUAUUAGACUUUGUGUCGAUAUGCGGCGAGCCAACCAGGCAGUGCUACGUGAAACUCAUCCAUUGCCUGUGGUUGAGGAGUUGAUAGCAGAUGUGGAAGGAGCAGUAAAAUUUUCUAAACUGGAUGUGAAAGAUGCAUACCACCAGCUGGAACUCUCGGAAGAAUCAAGGGUUAUCACAACAUUUAUAACGAAGUACGGAUUGUUCGGAUACAAAAGAUUGAUGUUCGGGAUCAGUUGUGCACCAGAGCUUUUUCAGAAAGUGAUGGACACGAUCGUGGCUGGAUUAGAUGGUGUAAUGGUCUACCUAGACGAUGUUAUUGUUUUUGGGCGCACUCAAGAGGAGCAUGACGGUCGGUUAAGGAAACUUUUGCAGCGGUUCGAGGAAUACGGUGUCGUUUUGAACAAAGAUAAGUGUCAAUUCAAUGUUGAGAAGCUGGAAUUAUUGGGACACGAACUGUCCUCGGAAGGUGUCAAACCAACAGAAUGUCGCGUUCAGGCUGUAAAUCAAUUCAGAAGACCCAACAACAUAACGGAACUCAGGAGCUUCCUAGGCUUAGUAACGUAUGUAGGAAGAUUCAUACCACAUCUGGCCAGUAAAACAGACUCGCUAAGGGCUCUUUUGAGAAGUGAAUGCAAAUUUGUUUGGACAGAAGAACACCAAAAGGCUUUCGAUGAAAUUAAAAAGGCCGUCUGCGAUAUCAAGAAAUUAGGAUUCUUUAAUGUGAAAGAUAAAACCAUUUUAGUGGCGGACGCAAGUCCAACCGGCCUAGGAGCAGUGUUGCUUCAGGAAGAUGUACAAGGUCAGAAACAAAUAAUAGCGUAUGCUAGUAAGUCACUGACUAAUUUAGAGAGAAAGUAUUUCCAAACGGAAAAGGAAGCACUAGCCCUGGUUUGGGCGGUUGACCGUUUUAAACUAUAUCUUCAAGGCGCAAAAUUUGCAUUAGUCACAGACUGCAAGCCACUGAAGUUUUUAUUUGGUCCCAAUUCUAAGCCUUGUGCCAGAAUUGAACGCUGGGUACUACGGCUCCAAUCGUACAGCUAUGAUGUAGUAUAUCAACCAGGAUCGACGAAUUUAGCUGAUGUACUGUCGAGACUUUCAGUAACAAAUUCAGAAACGUAUGAUCCGGAAAAUGAAAGUUACAUCCAGAUGUUGGCUACCUUUUCAGCGCCUGUAGCAAUUACCGUACAGGAGAUUCAGGAAGAAACCAAAAAGGAUGAAGAGAUUCAGAAAGUUAUCACAUCAUUGGAAGCGGGAACAUGGUCUGAGGAGGUUAAAUCAUACAAAGCAUAUGCAACGGAGCUCUGUACAACGUCAAACGUGCUUUUUCGAGGAGAUAGAAUUGUGGUACCAACAUCUUUGCGCAGCAGAAUCAUGGAAAUAGCGCACGAGGGACAUCCAGGGGUCGUGGUCAUGAAGAGUCGUCUUCGACAGAAGGUUUGGUGGCCGGGAAUGGACGCGGGAACAGAGCGAUUCGUCAGGAGUUCUAAAGAUUGCACUAUUGUAUCAUCGGUGGCGGCUCCGGAACCAUUGAUAAGAACGAAGAUUCCAGAUAAGCCAUGGGUCCAUAUUGCGGUGGACUUUAUGGGUCCAUUACCCUCAGGUCACAAUCUUCUAGUUUUGAUUGAUUAUUUUAGUAGAUUCAUUGAGGUGAUUAUAAUGAAGGAAAUUUCGGCCAGAAAUACAAUUCUAGCACUGCACGAAACCUUCUGCCGAUAUGGCAUUCCCGAAUCUAUCAAGUCAGACAAUGGGCCUCAGUUCAUAAGCGAACCUUUGCAGAAUUUUUGUAAGGAAUUCGGAAUCGAGCUACGGAAGACAACACCAUACUGGCCUCAAGCUAACGGGGAAGUUGAGUGUGAUAACAGAUCAUUGAAAAAACGUCUACAGAUAAGCCAAGAAUCGACUAAAAUGGAUUGGAAGUGA